GAUAGGCACAAAUAGGAAUAAUGCAAAAUAACGAUUUUAGAUUUCUGGCAAAAAGAAAGCCAAACAACCAACCACAAACAGGGGAAGAAUUACAAAACAUAACCACUACUACUUCUACCUCUACCAUUAUAACAACUGCAAAUACACAAAAUGCCCCAAUUGCAACAAAACCAAUAGUAAUCCCUAAUAAUAUUGGUAAUAAUAGUAAUGAUAAUAAUAAAACAAAAUGCUCAUAUUGUAAUUCAGGAACCUCAUUUGGUAGUGAGUCACCACAUUCAUCAGUAAUGGCAUAUUUAAGUAACACCCCUCCAAUUUCAGCAUUGCCACAGCCAUUGUUAACACCUUCUGACUAUGAAAGAAACAUGUCUCCUCAGAUGAAUUAUUCAUCUUCUUCAUCAUUAUCAUCAUCAUUCGGUAGAGAAAUAACCCCAAUAAGUUCAUCACCAAAUGCCAUUCCUUUUCUAUCAAUAAGAACUCUUUCAGAGAAUUCAUUACUUUCACAAAGUUUCUAUAUUAUUGGUGGCAAAGAUAUGUCCUGUAAAGCUAGAUGUUGUCGAAUUCAAUCAACUGAUUCAAAAAUUUGGCCAAUUCCAAACACCAAUGAAAAGAGAGAGUAUGUAUCCGAUUCAGCUGUUAUGUUUGGACAACACAUUUACAUUUUUGGUGGUGGCGAACAAUCGGAUACAUAUGAAAUAUUUGAUACAAGGGGACAUACAGGUGCCUGGAGUAAACACGAUAUGCUAGGAUCUAGUGGUGGUUCAUUUAUAUCUUGUUGUCAGUAUACCGAUUCAAUCUAUUUAGUCGGUGGGAGAAGAAAUGGUGAAAUAUUAAAUAGAGUUGACAAAUGCUCUAAAUAUAAAUCUAAUGGCCCAAAUCUUAAAUUUGAAAAUUUUGGGAAGUUAAGAGAGCCACGUUUUAACUGCUUCUCGUUUGCCUUUAAUAAUAAACUUUACGUUGUUGGGGGUGGUUCACGUUCUUCAUUAAACAGAACUAUCGAAGUUUUAGAUCUAAGCAGUAGUGGUUCAGAAAGUACUGUAUUCUAUAGCGAUUUGGAUGAUUGGGAGGUGCAAGGUGUAGCUUUUAAUGGCUCUGAUCUAAUAUAUAUUAAUACAUCCUAUAGUUUCUAUUCACUCAAUAUCAAUAAUAAAAAGAAAACAUUUUUAGCAGACCCACCAUUAGCCCCACAAAAAAGAAAUGGUACUCCCAUAUGCAUGGGUUUGGAUUCAAAUCACAAUAGUGUUAUCCAUCUUGCAUCUUACUUUAGUCAUUAUGUUUAUUAUAUAGAUGAAAAUAGGUGGGAAACUAAAAAAAUAGAAAAACAAGAUAAUUCUUAUUACCACGCAAUGGUUUGGUUCUUUUUAAAUGGGUUUUAGGUUUUUGUGUUUUUUUUUCCACCUCUUGUUACAAGAUGUUUUUUGACGGUUACCAUUUUUUUUUUUAAAAUCAAAAGAUUAUACAUUUUAAUUGAUUUGUUUGGGUUUAUUAUAUUAUCUAUAUAGGUUAAUAAGUACAACCUCAAGAAAUCAUAUAUAUAUAUCAAUAAAAAAUAAAUUUAAAUU